AUGACCUUGAUACAUGUUGCCAGAUGCGAUGAUGUCAGAAUCCCAGGUGCAGCGCCGGCUGGUGGGCGGCGCCGGCUGGCCGCGGCGCUGUUCGCGGAGCUGCUGGGGACUGCGGCUCUGCUCUUCCUGGGCUGCACGGCCGGCGUGCGGGGCGUCGCGCAGCAGGGGCCGCAGCAGCAGCAACAGGGACCCUGCGACGUGGGCGCCGCACUCGUGUCGGGCAUGGCCGUCGCCGCCGUCAUACAGAUGGUGGGCCACGUGUCGGGGGCGCACGUGAACCCCGCGGUGACGCUGGGCCGCCUGCUGAGGGGCGGGUUCGGCGCGUGGGCAGCGGCGGGCUACCUGGUGGCGCAGCUGGCCGGCGCCCUGCUGGGCUACCGGCUGCUCCUGGCGGUGACACCGUCUUCAGCAUCGUGCGAGUGCGCUACCGUGCCCGCGGCCGCACUGUCGCCUCUGCAGGCGCUCCUGGUGGAGGCGGCUGGAACGGCGGGUCUGGUGUUGCAGUGCCACGCCUCCUGGGAUGGUCACCAAGCGGGCGUUGCCUCGCUCCAGUUCGGCUUCUACAUGGCGGCCAUCUCCCUAGCGUUGGGUCCUUACACAGGAGGAAGCCUAAAUCCAGCAAGAUCACUGGCUCCUGCCUUCUGGACGGGCAUCUGGACCUAUCACUGGGUCUACUGGGCGGGCCCGCUGCUCGGCUCCGUCGCGGCGACGCUGCUCUACUUGCUGCCACUGGGUGGGCGGGCCUCCGCUGCCGACGCCCCUCCUGCCGCCACUCCCAGCACUGACAACAAGGCGCCAGUCGGCGGCAAGUGCAUCGUUCCUGCUGUCUGCCUCUAG